CUAAACACUGCUUCUGCAUCAAGUAAGGAUGUGAUGAAUGGAAAUCACAACCAAUCUCCAAAAUGUAUGAUAGUGCUGAAUGUGUUUUUACAGUCAUAAAUGUUUGUUCUUUCAGCUUGCACUGUUUUUAUAUUUUUCUAUCAUCUUUUUCCUAUUCAAUGUCACUUUCAAGAUGUGGUGUCUAAUUUUCUACUUAGUUAUUUCACUUUGGGACCUUCUUAACUGGACACUCUUUAUUGGCCUUUCCACCUCCCCAAAAAUACCAAAAAAAGGUUCAAAAUUGGCUUUUGUAAAUGCAAAGCUGACCAUGCUAAGCAGGUACCCGAUUAACUUCCUGGUCUGCUAUUCUGGCACUAUUAAGUGAUCAUGCUGUGCUGUCAUUGCUUCCAUAGUCUGGUUUCAUGAUGCCUAUCAAGAGAUAUUGAAGCCCUACCAGCCAAGGUGCCAAUGCCUAUGCAAAUGUGUCUCCUAUAUAAGCAUGUGUUAGUUGUAUAAGAUGAGACAUAUUUUGAAGCUGCUUCUUUCCCUUUUCUACCCCCAGAGUCUGGAAUAAAAUCCCCCCUUCCGCCCAAUCAUCUGAUACAGUGACCACCUUGUUUAUUUUGGUUGAUAACUGUGGUGCUGUAUAUUUCUCCUGGUCAUUUAUACUCCAGACAUAUUAAUCCCACUCCCAAACGUGCAUAAGCACAGAGCUACUGAGUACGUGUUCCUCCCGGGGCCGAAGUCUUGUCGCGCUGCGAGGCCCCUUAGGUGUCGUCAAAGGUUAAAUCUCGUCUCAAAUGUCGGUCCCCCUUGCCGCCCGACCCCACAUGUAGACAGGCCAUCCCCCUCGCCUGCCGACCCUACCUGUAGAGACACCCUCCCCGCCUGUACCUCGCGCGAGGCUCGCCAAACAUGGCUGCCACCUACUCCAUGCUGUAUGAAGCGGAGAGAAAUCUUCGCAGAAACAGAGUAUUUCGCGAUCGAACUAAUCCCAUCGAUUCGUGGGACGACGCAGAAUUUUAUCGGCGAUUAAGAUUUCGACGAAGUGACGUCCUAGAGAUCGUGGAUGACAUACAAGAGGACUUGGUCAAUGCCAAUCGGGGGCGCAACGUCGCGGCGACAUCGCAAGUGUGUCUGGCUCUGAGUUUCUACGCGACGGGCGCCUAUCAGAACGUGUGUGCUCAUCUCGUGGGUGUCACCCAAAGGACGGCUGGCCGGAUCAUUGACCGGGUCACCAGAGCUCUGCUAGAUCGGGCUCACAGGUGGAUUGUAUUUCCCGAUCAACCGGAAGCCGACAGACAAAAGGCGAAAUUUCUGAAGCUCGGAGGAUUUCCCGACGUUGUGGGAUGCAUUGACGGCACCCACAUACGGAUUCAAGCACCGCUCAAACACGAACAUGAAUACAUCUGUAGGAAAAACUUCCAUUCGAUCAAUGUUCAGGUUAUCUGCAACGCUGACUUGCUAUUUAUUGACGCUGUGGCAAAAUGGCCUGGAAGCGUUCAAGACGCAUGGGUUCUUCGGCAGACAAGUAUUUUUGCUGCUUUUGAGACACAUCCAAAACCAGUGGAUGGUGUCAUGCUUGGUGACAGUGGUUACAUGAUCAGAGAGUGGCUUAUGACACCCUUUCUGAAUCCCAGUACUAGGCAUGAGAGGAAGUAUAAUGCAGCUCAUACUUCCACAAGGUGCACAGUAGAAAGAGCCAUAGCUGCUGCCAAAAGAAGAUGGCACUGUCUGCGAGGUCUCCGGCUUGAACCCGAGAAGGCAUGCCAUGUUAUAAUAGUAUGUCUGAUGUUAAGUAAUAAAGCAAGAAUGCUGAAGCUGGAAGAUCCAGAGGAUCAAGAUGAAGAGGAUGAGGAUAAUGACUAUAUGUACAAUAUACUCGAGGACAAUGUACCUGAGCAGAAUCUUGCAACAGAAAGAAUGCGAGUUACUGCAGGUCAAGCUGCAAGACACAGACUUGUUGAUCAGUUCUUCUAAGGUACUCUUCCCCAAGGGGACUUCCAAAAGCAGAGUUUCGAGUUUGCCCUCUUUUUUUCUUUUUACCUGUUUAUAAAACAACACAUUUAGUAACAGCAGUUGGUUUCAGCACAGCAGUGCCUAACUUUGAUGUAGUUUCAUCAUUACAGACAUAAUAAUAUGCAUUGAUGAAAAGAUGUCCUUGGUUUGCAAAUGCGCACGCGUGGAUUUUCCCAGGUGUUUCCCAAAGGGUCGGAGUGUCAAGGGGGGGGGGGUGGGGGUGUCAAGGCAGCGUUUGUAAAUGUCAACAGCACAAGACCUACAGUGUGGUGAAAUGGGUGACAAGGCAUGAGGCAUGCCACUUGCCUGGCAACAGGCCAGCUUACAGGAGGUUUGAGGUUAAGCAAUGCAUAAAAUGCCCAAGCAACGAGACUUCGGCCCCUGUUGGAUACUGAACUCAUUCCUAAGCAAGGAAAUGUUCUACAUUAAAUGUUUUUUUUAUGAUUAUUGUUGGUUUAUCAUCAUCAUCUGCAGCAACAGUAGAUAUUACUAAAAGCAAUUUUACCUCUACAUGUAUUCCUUAUUUAUAUACUUAUAUAAUUCCCAAUCUGUUGUGGCCCUAUGCUCCUCAAGGAAUAAACUAUAUUUCCCAUUCAUAAAAUGCAAAAGGGUUUCAUACCCAGUUAAAAUUGCUGGCGCAUAUCACACACUUAGAUAAAACUGUCAGUUUCAGAUCCCCAAGUAACUUAACUACCAUUUGUGGAAAAAAUAUCUAUGUUCAUGUAUUAAUAUUAUUGUUAUCUUGAUCCCUGAUGUCAAAUUGUUUUAAUCAUUAUCAUGGGUGUACACAUGUCACACUGUGUCAAUGAAAUUUGAUAAACAGUUAUGACAAAAUAUCACUUCUACACGCUUUUUUCAUUACUUAAUGCUUUAUAUGACGAGGCUUCCAAUAAACUGUUUAAUUUUA